AUGCGUAAUCAAAUGCAAAUGUUUAUGGCUAAUUUGGCAGUCACAGAUUUGUUCGUUGCGCUCGGAGGUGUAUGCCCACAAAUUGUUUGGAAUUUAACGGUUGGCUUCUAUGCUCCUGAUCCCGUAUGCAAGCUUGUUAAAUAUAUGUCGUCUGCAAUUACGUACGCAAGCUCAUUUGCCUUGGUUGUACUCAGCAUUGAUCGAGCAGAGGCAGUGUGUCGACCUCUUCGAGCAACAUCAUCAAAAAUCAGUAAUAAAACCCAAGCCAGGAUAUUGAUUGCGGGCUCUUGGGUCGCUGCUUGUUUAUGCGGCAUACCUGGCCUAGUUUUGGCUCGGAAAGUACAGGAAGGGACAAAGGAGGAGAAUUGCUACCUCAAUUUUACCAACAUAAGUCCGCAAGUGUACCUGACCCUCAUUGCCGUAUCGGUAUUUCUGGUGCCCGCAUUUAUCAUCACGGUAUGUCACGUCAUCAUGGUUUCAACAAUCUGGAGGGCUUCAAGACUGCAGAGUGCCGCUCCAGCUGGGAAUACGCAGCGGCUGUUUAGAAAAAGAGUUCAGCGACGUAUUACCACAACGUGUAAAGACAACGAAGACGGAUCAGCUUUUCGUCUAGACAUUACACAGAAUGACGAACACCAAAAGUCCUCAAUAGAGUGCUGCUUGCGGAAAGCACGAAAACAGCCUGCGAAAAGAACUGGCUGCAUUCCUCGAGCAAAGGUUAAAACAGUAAAAAUGACGUGCCUCAUUGUUUCGGCAUACAUUAUUUGUUGGUGUCCCUUCAUGAUUUGGAAUCUGCUGGUAACGUACGGGGUAAUCAAGCGAACCGCACCCCACUUAAUGAAAUACACUCCCAUCAUCCAGCAUUUAGUUCCAUUGAAUUCUUCCGCUAACCCUAUUAUAUUUUGGAUAUUCAAUGCAAAGCACGUCAGGAAACGAAAACCAGCCACAGCAACCUCGUUUCAAAGUCAAAGCAACGGACUCACAGGACCACGGUGGAGUCGUGAAACUGAAAUGUUCAAAGUACAAAAGCUUAUUUGUUCUUCAGCCCAGUCUUCCCCAGAAUAUAUGAUUUGAACCACAUCAAGACGCGUGAGAUAUCAACGUAUUUGUGUAACCGUUAUCCGUUUGCAAAGCAUGACCUUCGUGUGCAUUUUUGCAAA